GAGAUCACAUGCACAAGGGACAUUCCUAGUGUCUAGGUAGCUACUAGAUGAAUAUUAGUGUUAGAGUUGUGAUGGCUUCCAUGCUCUCUCGAGGACCUGUUUACUCCAUGCCGUCAUACCUGAAACCCGGUCAAUGUCAACAUUCUGACGUCCAAGCAAAUCUUGACAGAACUAUCACCAAAUCGAGGUGGUUGUGGAAUCCUAUCAUGGUCGUCUGAAACACUGGACGUUCUUCCGAACGCAAUUGGUGUCUAACAGCUUUAUCAAUGUCAUUGAGGCUUUGCUUCGAACCGUCACAGCCUGUCUGAAUGGUAUUAGAGGACCGAUCUACCAGAGAUCUCCAGAGAGAGAUGCCAAAGAUAGGCUAAUGGCUGAACGUAUGAAGGACCGUUUGACAACACCGAAUGGUUAAGCUCAGAGAGUCAGGAUAAAUCCGGAUCUAUCUAGACGGGCAAGGUCCGAGUUUGUCAAGAUGGAUGCAUCUUCCGUACUGUUUCCCCGUCUCGAUCUUGAUUACUUGAGAACCAUUACGUGUGGAACGUAUCAGAUAUCUCUGGCUCCUGGUUACAUCGCCGAACAUUUAAGUGAUGACGGAGACUAUGAGGUGUGGCUUUACCAGCACUCCCCAGACCUUCUCCGAUGUCAAAUACAUUCUCGACACAAAAGCCAAACGAAAUAUAACGUUUGGAUACGGUUCACCGUUUCACCCGAUGUUGAGGCCCCAAUAAAGGACAACUACUGCCAGUGCCCAGUUGGAGAGAGAACGAUGGGAAUGUGUGCGCACAUCUCCAGUAUCUUGUACUACCUUGGGUAUUACAGGCCGCUGGAAAACCCUCGACCAUUACAACCACAGAUUUGUGACCACAACGGCAUGGGCAAUGCACCACCAACAGGAAAUUUGAAUCAGAGAAGGGGCCGUUUUGGAAACCGGCCCUUUAAUAUCUAAAAGAAAAUAUCACUCAGUAUGAAAUAGGCACUGCCUACAAGCGAUAGCAAGGUAUAAAAACAAAUUAAGAGAUACAGGGCGAGUAUGAAAAACAAUGGACCACAAUACUGGAAAUCGACGAGGGAAAGGGGAAUGGCAGGUAGGCCUAGCUGUGAUAUUAGGGAAAUAAAGCAGCUUAUGUGCGACGACGAAAUGAAAAUUACAACUACAUGAUUUAUGCUGUAUUAUCAUGGCAUAUUGUAGAUAAUAUAAUUACUUAGCUUAAAUUUAUUUUAUUGCAAAAUAUUACAAAUUGAUAGACCAUUAGAUAUCUAGUUUUGCAACAUAAAAACGCUCUUUCCCUAUACAUUCGGUACAUGCCUGGAUUAUAAUUAGUGAUUAAUGAUGGAAAAUCUAGAUUGAUAUUUAAUGACACUGUUUUAUAAGUAGAUUUAUCUGAUUUUCAACUUCAUUUAGUCUGCUAAAAGGCAGAAAGACUGACAGCAGACAUUAAAUAAAAACAUUUUAUACAUUGGAAUGUUGUUAUUACUAAUACCAAAAAGGAAUGUCUGAAGUCUCCGCCAACAUAUUAAGGCUUUUGAAGUAGAUUUUAGAAUUGACCACGUUUAUUAAAUAUGUCCAAUAGUGUCUCGUUCAGAUUUACAGAGGUUGCAGAGAGGGCUAUCUACUGGCAUCGAUUAGAAAAAAAAAUUGAGUUAGUAGUAAAAUUUGAUUGAAGUCUCUAGUUUUUAGUGAUUUCUGGAGGCAAUGUUUGUUGAACCAGUCAUUAAGGAGGUGCUUAUAAGUUAAACCAGCCAUCUUCAUUAAGAUAAGACAGUUCUCUUCACCUUUUUCUUUUCCAUAAGCUUACGAGAGUUUUCUUGCUGUUAAAAAUUCAUAUAAUGCAUAUGAACUUUACAAAAUUUUCAUAACACAAUGGCCAUGGUAUAAUAGGGCGAGUACAGUUCAUGCUCCCCAUAAUUUUGUAAACAUUUCUUCAUUGUUGAUAUUAUUCUUGUAUAUUCUUACCAAAUUAAAAUAUUUUAUAAGAACUUA